AGAGGGAAAAAAAAACCUUUAGAAGAAGAGGCUGAUAAAACUGUGAAGAGCAGUGAUGUUGGAUUGGAUUUAAUCAGUGUUUUCAUUGGCAUGACAGACAACAGUUAACGAGUGUUUCCUCUCAUUUGGCAAAAGUAAGAGGACCAGCUAUGUAUUUGGGCACAACUGAGCUUUGAUAAGGCACCUACACUGCCUGUAACAUGCAGUAGAUGAAAGGAUAUGAUACUGUUUUGUAAAUUGUGGUCUCUUGACAAUUGAGAAUUGAACUGACACUGAAGGUUAGACAUAAACAGGUUACAGUAGAUUAAGUAUGCAUAACAACAUACAAUCUGUGCUAUACAGACCUGUUGCCUGUUGCCAGUAGUUUACGUAGGAUGACAUUGGAGCCUACAUGGUGACCAGACCAGUGACAAUAAUGACCAUUGCAAUGGUACCAGAUGCCACUGUGUCACCAUGGGGUCAAUAAGAUGGGUGACAUGUAAUUUUUAACAAGCAAUCUAAUAAACAAGUAGUCUACUGUAUUGUAAGUGACCAGCUACUAGUAAUGCAUCAGUGCAUUGCGACAUAGUUCAUUAGUUUUUAUUUUAUUUGACAGGUCAAAGGCUUUGAAUAAAAGUUUUCCUGGGAGUAAGUUGCGGUGGGCAAACAUUAGAGCCAUUUGAAAUGCAAGUAUUAGGCACUGAGACAACCCCAAAUGAUGUAACAAGAGGGUUCAAAGAGUUGUCAACUUUCUCAUGGGUCCGAAUGUUGUAACGUAAGUGAGCCAUGCCCAUGUACACUUCCUGACCUCCAGCCGCGCGAGCGCAUCUUCAAAGGGGAAAACACACACUGAAAGAGGGCGGAGCCUGCGAAAAGAAAAAGAUACAUAACCUAUUAUAAACUUUGCCACCACUGAGUACGCUUACCUGUACGUGGAAGCGUUGUCUCGUCUCACCUGAACCGCCCGAGAUGGAGGGAACUGUAUGAUAUACGAGGAUAUCUAUUUAUUUAUUCGAUGUAAAAAAUUGAACCGAAGGCUUUUAGUUGACUUCUGCCAAGGUGGUUUAUUUAUUUUCAUACUAGUGAAUAUAAUAGGCUACAAAAAAGCUAUUCCUACAUCGCGUCGGAAUAGAACUACGGGCACCAUUGUGUAAACAGGUCAGUAAUCGUGAAUAGGAUCCUCAAGCUCUCCAUCCAGCCAUGUGGUAGUCUACACAUCUUCACCCAGUUAUCAAUUAGCACACCACACCCCAUACCCACCCGGCCACCGCUCACUCCUCACCAGACUCAGCCUUCAACACCAGUAUCCCACAGACAGCAGCUGGUCUCAUGGCCCACCCCUAUGAACCCUGGUUACGGACAGCACCCCCUGGUGGCAGCUCAGACGAGAUGAACGUUCCCUCAUGGUGGGACCUCCACACCGGGCCAGGGAGCUGGAUGGACCUGCAGACGGGCCAGGGUGUGGGCUUACAGGCAGUUGGUCAGAGCUCCAUGGGACUGCAGUCCUCCCUGGGGCCUUACGGCUCCGAUCCCCAGCUGUGUACUCCUGCUCAGCUAGCCCAGCUGGCCCCAGCCUCACACUCAGCUCACUCUCACCUCUUCCCCCAGGAUGGCUUCAAGAUGGAGCCACUGGGAGGACCUGAGCUCCUGCAGCCGGAGUCGUACUCCCUGGAGGAGCCACAGGAGGGUGCCGCCUCGGUCCGGCCCAAGCCCCAGCGCCGCUCUGCCUCUAGGGGCUCGGGCCAGUCUGUGUGCCGGUGCCCCAACUGUGUCCACGCCGAGCAGAUGGGCCAGAGCACUGACGACGACCGGAGGAAACACAUGCACAACUGCCACAUCCCGGGCUGCGGCAAGGCCUACGCCAAGACCUCCCACCUGAAGGCCCACCUGCGCUGGCACAGCGGGGACCGGCCCUUCGUCUGCAACUGGCUCUUCUGCGGCAAGCGCUUCACACGCUCCGACGAACUUCAGCGACACCUGCAGACGCACACCGGCACCAAGAAGUUCAGCUGCACCAUGUGCCCCCGCGUGUUCAUGCGCAACGACCACCUGGCCAAGCACAUGCGCACACACGAGUCUCCCUCCGGGCCAGGGGAGGAGAGGAUGUAUGGAGAGGGGGGCAGGAUGGGGAAGAGCUUUGACACUCCUUCUCCUCAGCCCUCCCACGCCACUGCCUCUGACACAGAGGCACCCCUUAAGCAACCAAAAUGUGAGAAAGACCCCUCUGGGACAGGACAGUCCAGCUAACUGUACCCCGUCCACAUCUGGAAUGCUAUACAGAUAAUGUACAGUCGGUAGGCUACUAUCAGCCCCUUUCUAUCAGACAGAGAAUCAAUCCAUAGUUUAUAACACAUGUAGUCCAGUGGAGGUGGAAUCAUAGGGGGUCUUAUAUUAUAAAUUGAUAGUUUAUUUCUACCAGAUGCAUUGAACAACAUAAGGCAACAAAGGCCCCUCUGAUUUUCAGAAUGCAUCAUAUCACAUAUAACAGCACCAUACAGCAUAGACGGGCAUAAAACCAAAGAGUCCAAAGCAAUUACCCGUAUAUUACAUCACCAACAGAGGACAAGCUGUCAAGUGCCUUGCUGGAAGGAUAUCCAUCUAAGGAAUGUUCUCUUCCAUUUACAUGGCAACCAUGUGGCAACCAAGCCAGAGCCAAAGCUUGCUAGCUGCUAGGACUUCCAUUGCUGCUACUGCUAUUAUGCCAUCCAUCCACAGAGACUUGGGGAACGAGUUAAACUGAAGAUGGUGCUUGAUGCGUUUACAGUAAAACUACUAGCUACUCGGAAAGAGAUUUAUUUCCAUGGAAGCCAUCAAACUCUCCAGUCUCCACUGCACACAUCUAACUGAAUUUAAGGCAAUGGAAGUGGAGGGUUAGGAUAUUUUGGUAUGUUGUGUUGACUGCCUUUCCCCACCAUUUAACCCACCCCCUUGCAUUGCUGUGUAUAAUAUACUGUAUGUGAGUGUAUGAACAUGUCACCGGGAAUAUUUCCACACUGUAUUUUUUUGUUUUGACCACGCGCAAUGUUGGCGUCAACCUUUUGCCAAAGAGCACCACAGUAAAGCACCACUGUAAUUCAGUUUGGUGCAGUAUGUGGGCGGUGCAAAUAGAAAUGGCUGCUUUUGCUCAAUAGACGUGCAGAGAUGUCCCACUGCAGCACAUUGUGGCAUGGAACUCACACACCGUGUUUUAUGUCAACAAAAUAUAUUUUCUGUUUAAUGUACAGUAAGAAGACGUGAUUUGUGUUAUCAAUGCAUUUCACUUGGAUGCCCCGCCCCCGCGUGUGUCAUCGUGUUCAAAUGUCCCUCAACUGUGACUGAAAAGCACCGUUGCUCGUCUAUUGACACUCCUUUAUCUCAGCGCUGCAGGUGUGAAUGUGACAUGAUGGCAGCGUAUCUCAUUCACGGGAAAUGUGUAAUUCCCUGGUCGUGUCCCCGAUAGUGUACGCUCCACACAAUACCACGUUCACACUGUGGUAACACUUGAUAGGGAUUUCCUCGGGGACAAAUGACAGGCUGGAUACAUCACUACUCACGAAAUGUACGCCAGACUGAAAUGUACGCCAGACUGAAAUGUACGCCAGACUGAAAUGUGAGCUGGACUGAAAUCCCUCAUUGCGAGGAACUUAGGUAAACCAUAUUUUGUCACACCAACAACUUCCAGGAUAAGCAACAAUUCCUCCUCCAAGGUUGUUCAAGCAUAAAGCCAAAAACAGAUGGAGUGGAAUUGUUUGGAGACCAUUUUGAUAUUAAUAGUCAUAAAUAAUCAUUUAUAUCUUGAUAGAAGAUGCACUUUGAUCAAGUUUUCGGAAUCCAAGUCUAGACCUUUCUAAAUAGGCUUAGGCCUGUGUGCCGUGGUUUAGGCUUCUUAGCUUAUUGUGCUCACUGUAAAACAAAUUGGCCUUGUUAGGAAAGCAUGGUUGUAUUUUGAGUAGUGACUUAGUCCAAAUGUGCUUAAAAGGGUCUAAGCUGAGGUUUCGCUAUGUAGAGAUCUCUCACUGAGGUGUUUAUUGUAGCCCCCUUUAGACAUAUCCCUAAAUAAAAUAAAACAUAAUGGUU